UUCCAUCGGAACUUAUACAGGGGUUGCCUAUUCUAUCAAAUUCAAACCCUAAUGGCCUUCGCCUCAGCUUUCCGUCGCAUUUUCAACGGAUCAUCCACGCCGGCGCUCAAUAUACGCUCACAAUUCUCUUCGAUUCGCCUCGAAUCCACUCUUCCGACGCUCACCUCCCCUAAGCUCUUCGUCAGCGGUCUUUCAAGAACAACAACUGAUGAUAUGCUAUACAAGGCAUUUGCACCUUUUGGAAAUCUUCGUGAGGCAAAAGUUAUCAUUGACAGAGGCUCUGGGAAAUCAAGGGGGUUUGGUUUUGUAACUUAUGAUAGUGUGGAAGAAGCUGAGAAGGCAAGGUCAGGAUUAAAUUCCAAGUACCUUGAUGGUUGGGUAAUUUUUGUGGACCCAGCCAAACCGAGGGAAGCUCCUCAGCAACCUCCACCUAGGCGAGACAUGCAAUCUACUGAAACUGGUUACACUUCGAACAAGACUGUUGGAUGGAGUGGUUAUUGAAUUCUUUGGAAAAUAUAUUUUAAUUGACUGGAAUAUAUUGGCUUUUGAAGAAACUGUGCUAUUUAUAUAAUGGACAAUAGCUGGAGAGUGGAGAUAUAUUUAUCUCUGCAUCUGGCUGCAAUAGCAUGAUGAAAAAAUCACAGGCUAGUUUGUUAGUACAUUAGAAUUGAACAAUCAUCAUCGUCAAUGUAAUAAAAGAGUAUGGACCACUCUCGCACUCUAGAAUGCAGAAGAAAACAUUUAAGUUGGCUUCGUUUAUAGAGUGAGAGCGAUUCAUAUAGUGAUACAAGAGAUAGUGCAUUCAAAUUAUGGUUUUGAUUUUCAUGGUUGUAAGCAAGCCAGUCUUCCAAUACUAACUUGGUUAUCCCGAAAUGGAAUAAAUAAUUGAUCA